AUAACUAAUUAAAUUAUCGGAAGAGACAGCACAGCCAAGCGAGUCUUCCCCGAUCCUUCUCUAAACCUCUUCCUCCAGCGUCGCUUCCGGAUCCGCUCCUGCGAUUCUCCGUCCGAUCUGUACACAGACCACGGUAUAAAGGAAGACGAAGCCCCAUAAAAGAGAGAUCCAAAAACAGCUACAAAUUUCAACGAAAUGUCUGGACAGACCCAGCGCUUGAAUGUUGUUCCUACUGUUACAGUGCUUGGAGUUGUGAAGGCUCGGCUUGUCGGGGCUACAAGAGGCCACGCUUUGCUCAAGAAGAAAAGUGAUGCUUUGACUGUUCAGUUCCGGCAGAUUCUCAAGAAGAUUGUCUCAACUAAGGAAUCAAUGGGCGAAAUCAUGAAAUCUUCGUCAUUUGCCUUGACAGAAGCAAAAUAUGUUGCUGGUGAGAACAUCAAGCACAUCGUCCUUGAAAAUGUAUCGAGUGCAACCCUUAAAGUCCGAUCCCGCACUGAAAAUGUUGCUGGUGUAAAACUACCGAAAUUUGAUUACUUCAUUGAUGGAGAGACGAAGAAUGACUUGACUGGAUUAGCAAGAGGUGGCCAACAGAUACAGGCUUGCCGUGGAGCCUAUGUGAAAUCCAUUGAAUUGCUUGUUGAGCUUGCUACGCUGCAGACUUCAUUUUUAACCCUUGACGAUGCAAUAAAGACCACAAAUCGUAGGGUCAACGCCUUGGAGAACGUUGUGAAGCCUCGGCUGGAGAAUACAAUUAGUUACAUCAAGGGAGAGCUAGAUGAAUUGGAAAGAGAGGAUUUCUUCAGGCUGAAGAAGAUACAAGGUUACAAGAGGAGAGCGCUCGAGAGACAACGUUUGUCUGCCAAGGCAUUUGCAGAGGAGAAGAUGGCCGAGGAAAUUUCUUUGACGAAGGGUGUACCUAUUGGUUCAGCACAUAACAUGUUAUCCCAGGCUGCACAGAAGGAUGAAGACAUAAUAUUUUGAAAUGGACGUAAGUUUACCGUACCCCAAUAAUAUGUUGUGUGGCUUUGAUCUGUUUCUUGAUUUCUGUAGAAGGAAAUGAAUUUAUUACUAGAUGGACCUGUCCCAACGAGAUUUUCGUGUUUCGAAUAAGAGCUUUACAAUCAUUUGUAUUUAUUUUAUCUAUUAUUGAACAGAACCCUUAUCCAACUGUUGCGAGGAUAUCAUUUGGCUGAAGAAACGUUUAAAGUGUCUAGUGUUAUUGAGCCAACUUUUACUUCCAUUGAA